GUUGGAGGAUGUCGGAAAGACAGGACGCAGAUCGGGAAUUGUUAUGCAGAGAAGCUUGUGGGAUCUGCAGAGACGCGACGGGCUUAAAUUUGUACUUUAAAACGCAGUCGCAACUCUCCUUCUCUUCCCCCACUCCACUCCGUUCCUUAAAUUUUGUUUUAGUUCUCGACCCCUUGGCGCGCUUUAAUUUGUCUGAAUCCACAGGUUCAAUGAGACGCAUGAUCGAGUUAUGCUGCAUUGUAUUAUGGUUUGAAGGCUUGAUUUUUAUUCCAGCUGCAACUGCGACAUAUCACUCUACAUCUCAAAGAGGUUUAGGAGUUAAAAUUCCCAAUCCUUCCUUUUCUGUCAGUUGGCUGGAUGAUAAAACCACUUAUCAAGCUGGUGAUUCGGCAACUAUUAAGAUUAAGCUUUUGAACAAUUCCUUAAUUGGUAACCUCAGCACAUACAACAUGCAAUUUUCAGUUUCUGUGGGUGGGAAGAAAGGAAAUAGUUCAUAUAUAUCUGCUGUCUUUGCUUACAUCGGCGGGGAUCCUACAUUUUGGAAUAUUUCUCUUACACCUAUCCAAGUUGGGAACUUUUCUGUUGUUGUUGUUGAAGAUUUUUCUGGAGUCGCUGAUUCAUCACUUCAUUUCAGUGUUACUGCUGGACCAAUGUACCCAUCUGCUUGUCUGCCUUCUUGGAUUGAUUUUUUCGAUGAGUCUUUAGCUGGGACAAAAACUUAUUUGCUGAUAUAUCCUAAAGAUGCUUUUGGAAAUAAUGUCUCCUUAGUGCAUAUGCGAACUGAAGAUUAUUUUACACUGUCAACAUCUUAUUCCAAUGGAACUGCAGUGGAGAUUUUCAAUUUAGUUUCUAUUAUUUGGAACGAAUUGGGAUAUCUUGUCAUCGAGUUUACUCCCACCAUUGCUGGAAGGUUCCUUUUGCAUGUUUAUGGUGAUAAUCAAACUUUAAAUGGUUCUCCUCUUCCAUUUUCGGUAACACCAGGACCCCUCAAUAUUACUAGUAGCAUAGCCAAAUGGAAAUAUGACAUAAACUCCUUGCAGAUUUUCUCAAAGUUGCAGAUAUUCGUACACCAGAAUGAUCGAUUUGGGAACCUUGUACCAGGUUUCUAUCCGUUUGAUGCUCAAGUAGUACAGAAGGCUACAGGAUUGUCAGUUCCAGUGGGAGAUUUGUCAUUUCAGGAGGUGGAUUAUGGAAUUCAAUUGGUUUCUUUUGCUGUUUCAGAACCAGGAGAUUUUAUGAUAACUAUAUUUAAUUCUAAGUUGAACGAAAGCAUCUACAGUUUGCCUUACACAGUUUUUGUAGGUAAUUGCCAUGGAUUAAACAGUUUCGCUAAUGGAUCUGGUUUAAUUAGUUCUGUUGCUGGUAGAUUGUCAUGGUUCACAGUUUACUUGGAGGAUGCAUAUACGAAUCCUUCUCCAGUUGAGGCAGAACAACUUUAUGUAGAAAUUCGUAGUAGAAAUUUUAACAUCAUGAUCCGACCUAUCAUACAUCCAUUGAAAAGUUUUAAUGGGACAUAUCGCGGCCCAGUUUCUACACCAAGUGAUAUUUUGAUGGGGACUUCAGGAUUUGUACAUUUGACGACAUCUAAAGGGAAUAGAACUUUUAUUGGGAAAUAUACUGUUCAGGCAAGCGAGUUUGGCAUCACAUAUAUUCCUGAAAAAUCUGGAGACUAUGAGAUAAGGCUAUCCUGUGGGAAUAUCCCAUUAAAUGAUGCCAUUUCUUACUCCAUGAAAGUAUUGCCAGGAUUAGUUGACACUGUGAAGUCAAAGGUUGUUAACUCUGAAUCAGAAGUUAGAAGUAUUGGAAAAAUUGAAAUAUUAGUGGAGCUUGUAGAUUCAUUCUGGAAUUAUGUACCAUCACAAGAAGCAAAUUUGAAAUUGCAACUUCAAGGCCCUAACAACACAAGUCUUUUGAAAACAACUUUUAUUGAGAGUAAAGAUGGCCUAUAUAUUGGCUAUUAUUUACCAACUUCUCCAGGGAGUUUUAACAUUUGCGUCUCAUUUGAAGAAAAAAUUCUAUCGCCUUGUCCCGUCAAAUUUCAUGUGCAUGAGAGUAAGUACUUUCCAGAAGCUAAUAAUGACAGUGUUUCCGUUUGGGAGGACGAAUCAGUUGUUUUUGAUGUAUUAUUCAAUGAUUAUGCUUCAGAUGGACAAGCUAGCCUAAGUGAAUUUUCUAAACCACUUCAUGGAUCACUCUUACUAGUUGGGAAACUUUUCAGAUAUACCCCUUUUAAAGGAUAUUUUGGGAAUGAUUCCUUCUUGUACAACAUCACUGAUUCAAAUAACAAUGUUGCUAUAGGUGCUGCUUUCAUUUCUGUCCUUUGCAAACCGCCUCAAUUUGUUUCUUUACCUCUUCGACUUAAUGUGACUGAAGAUGUGUUGAGUCCUCAGUUUGGAGGCUUUCCCGGUUUUGAAAUACGGUAUUCGGAUAAAAUGGAAAAUAUUUCUCUUACGAUAAGUGCGAAGUUUGGUUCUGUUUAUUUAGCUCCGAGUCAGAUUGGAAUUUUUGAACCAGUGGGCGGUAUGCUUUCAGUUAGGAGAGGUGGGAGGGCAGGGAAGGACUUGGUCUUAACGGGGCCGAUUGAAGUUGUUAAUUCUGCUCUUCAGUUGAUUCAGUAUCUCAGUAAUGAAAACUUCUAUGGAGACGAUACGAUCAGUUUGUAUGCGACCAAUAGAAAUGGAUUACUAGAUUCUCAUGUGCCGGUUUUUGUUAAGCCGAUUAAUGAUCCUCCAAAGAUUCAUGUGCCCAAGUUCAUAACACUCGUGGGGAAGGAAGCAAGUGAUGGUUUUCAAAUCUUUGAUAAACAAAGAGAUAUCUUUGAAUUCUCAAUCUCUGAUAGUGAUAUCUUUCAUUACACAGGUAAUAAGUCUCACUUGGUGGUCAUGUUUUCUGUGGAAGUAAAUGAUGGGCUUCUAUCAACAACUCUUCCUGUUCAUCUAAUCAAGACUUCUGAAUUGAAGAUUAAAAGCAGCAACCAAUGGCAACCUUUGCAGACGUUUGUAACCAUUGAUAACCAAUUUGUUAUCAAAGGAAGAGGAGUUCGUUUCCAAGGGACAAUUAGGGAUUGUAAUAAUGCAAUGCAACGACUAUUUUUUCAGGGCACAAAUCUUGAUGCACUGUUGACCAUCACCGUUAAUGAUUUGGGGAAUUACGGCUGCUACUUGGAUUGUACGGAUAUCAUUUCAUUUCCACUCUCCGUGGAGGUCAGCGUGAGUUUACUCAAAAGAAGGCCGUUGACUUCAACUACAGCUUUUUUGCUUGGAUCUGCCAUAUUUUUUGAAAUUGCAACUUUGUUUCUUCUGGGCAGUUUACUUCUAUUCUUCAUCUUUAAAUGCAUGGUAGCACUUCAUACGGAAAGAAACAAUGGUGAUAACCCCAGAGAGGAGCUCACUGAAAAUCAUAAUGAGAAGAUUGAUAUUUUACCAUUCCAGAAUGCAAUGAAUUUGAAUAGAACAUCGACUCGUUCGCUAUCAACCCCACUUAACUUCUCGAGGUCUUCGAAAUUUCGUCGAAGGUAACCGUGUGAUUCCUUUCUGAACAUUUUGUAAUUUUGCAUGCAAUUUUGAGAUUGUUACUAAUCCACUGUAUAGACAAGUGGGGGCAUUUACACACGUAUCAUCCAAUUCUAAUGUAUUUACAUAUCUACCAAGUCUUAUUUAUAAAGAUUUUGUUUUUAGCAAUAUUUAAAGGAAUUGGUUGUUGCAAAUGAUGUUAUUUCAAUACAAAACUAUUUUAGAGGGUCCAUUAAAUACUAGGGGAUUUAC